CCAUCUCGUGUCCCUCCUCCGACACUUCUUCUCCAUCUCCAUCUCCAACGAUCUAGGGUUUUCUCUCUCGAGAUCUAGGGUUUCCCCCUCCUUCUCUCCCUCCGCCGCCGCAGCCAUGUCCAGCUUCAGCGGCGACGAGACCGCCCCCUUCUUCGGCUUCCUCGGCGCCGCCGCCGCCCUCGUCUUCUCAUGCAUGGGGGCGGCGUACGGGACGGUGAAGAGCGGCGUCGGGGUGGCCUCCAUGGGGGUGAUGCGCCCCGAGCUCGUGAUGAAGUCGAUCGUGCCCGUGGUCAUGGCCGGGGUGCUCGGGAUCUACGGCCUCAUCAUCGCCGUGAUCAUCAGCACCGGGAUCAACCCUAAGGCGAAAUCCUACUACCUCUUCGAUGGGUACGCUCACCUCUCCUCGGGGCUCGCUUGCGGCCUCGCGGGGCUCUCCGCGGGCAUGGCGAUCGGAAUCGUCGGCGAUGCCGGUGUUAGGGCUAAUGCGCAACAGCCCAAGCUCUUUGUGGGGAUGAUUCUCAUUCUUAUAUUUGCCGAAGCUCUCGCACUCUAUGGUCUCAUUGUUGGCAUUAUUCUUUCAUCUCGGGCCGGCCAAUCUCGCGCCGACUAAGAAAACUCAUAGAGUAGAUAUUUUAUGGUGAUGGUUGGCGAAGGGGGUACGGAAUGGGUCCUUAGUGAAGAUGUCGUUGGUGUUUGGGAAAGUGCGACUUGGGAAGAUUGUAAUAGGAAAAGGGUGACUUGAAUAAGUUUGCUUAUAGCUUGCUGGUGGGUUAUAUGGACAGAAAGGAACAAUAUUAUUCUCAGAGAGAGAUCAACACUGAGCCGUCAGCAGCGGUCUAUAGGGCCAAAUUGCAGGCGAAGCAAUAGGAGGAUUUUUUGGAGGACAAUCAUAAAUUAUCUUAGCUUGUAUUUGUUACAUUCUAGCAGGUUUAUGUUGUGGCUACCCAUAUAGGGUGUUCUGAUUCUCGGGGCCAGUUGCCUCACUUAUAUAGUUUAGUUUAUAUUCGCUAUGAAUGAAACCGGUAGCAAACUUA